CGAUUCAUUCUCCAUCUCCACCUCGUCAUCUCUUCUACUACGAAGAAAACAACAAACAAUAAAUCAAUCAAAUGGGUUCUCGAUGGAUUCGACCUGAGGUGUACCCGCUGUUCGCGACGACGGGCGUGGCCGUCGGUAUUUGUGUGAUGCAACUUGUGCGCAAUAUCACGACCAACCCUGAAGUCAGGGUGACAAAGGAGAACAGGGCGGCCGGGGUGCUAGAGAAUCACGAUGAAGGGAAGAGGUACUCCCAGCACGGCGUGCGCAGGUUCUGGCUCUCCAAGCGUCGUGACUACAUGCAGGCACUAGACAACGUGCCCACCGACCCGCCACCCAAGUAGAUCCAAUGACAUAUCGUCCAUGAGAAGACGCCGCUGUGGUUGCUCCAUAUAUCACACAUAUAUGCAUACUACAAGAACAAACAUGCUCCGCCGCGCCUGCUAUAAUCGUGAUUUCCAUUUGUUUACUGUAUCUUUGUAGUCAUGCAUGUACGUUUUUGGGGUUGAAAAGUACCAUUUUGUUUUCUUUGAUAUGAUAUGGUAAUACAUUUUAACAUAUC